CUCUUAUUCUGAAGGGAAUGGGAUCGGAACCGGAACACUUCCAGCAUUUGAUGCUGAUGUGAUUUUUUUUUUUAGUUUUGUCGUCAGAUUCCGAUCAUUUCCUGGUAACGUUUCGAUCCGCUCGUGCUUCUCGUUAUUGUUUACAUUUUUUAGAUCUGUGCCUUUCAGUUCUGUUUACUCGGAUAUCUGAACACACCAGAGGCCUGUCGGUAUCCGUGUGUUGUAGUUUAUAACUGCAGCAUCUCCGUUAGCCGUUAGCUGCUGUUAGCCUUAGCUCGGUUAGCCCUACUGGACCCGACCGGACAAGAAAGUGAAGAACAUGGGAGCCCACCGCAGUGAGGGAGGACGGGACUGGCUCCAGCAGGAUGGACCGGAGCCUCCGGACCAGAACCCGAAGCCUUGGAACCUGAUGAUCAAACACAGACAGAUCCACAGACGAGGAAGACGGUCACACAUGACAGUCAGUUACACAGAUCCACUCGUCUCCAUGGACUUCCUGAGGGCUGUGCUUCAGCCCAGCUUCAACGAGGACAUCAUGGCUGUGUUCAGGAAGUACCAGAAGUUCUUCGACAAAGCGGCUCAGAAUGUGAAAGACAACAUUGGUGAUGAUGUACAGACAGAUCAGCUGAUUAAAGAAGCCUGUAGGAAUGUUCUGGAACAUGCCAAGCAGCUGUUUCCAGAUCCAGAGAUGAAGAGGCCAGGUCCAGAGGUCGCCAUCAAGAGGUCCAGACCAACUGAUGAUGACUGCAGUCAGCGAGGAAGCCCAAUUCCUAAGAAGAGGAAGAACCGACCAGGACCUGUGAUGUCCUCUGACCGACCUUUGACCUUCUCCAGUCAGUGCGCUCUCAGGGUGAAGCUGAAGACUGACCCUGUGAAGAGAGAAGGGCCAAAGUGGGAUCCGUCCAGACUCAACGAAGGCAGCACAUUCGUACUUGGCUCCAGAGCAAACAAAGCAUUGGGGAUGGGCGGGACCAGAGGACGCAUCUACAUCAAACACGCCGACCUCUUUAAGUAUGCAGCAGAUGCGAAGGAUAAACAAUGGCUGGCAGAGAGACAUCACAUGAGAGCAACUGGAGGGAAGAUGGCGUAUCUGCUGAUUGAAGAGGACAUUCAGGAUUUGUCUCGUAGCGAUGAGUACAGGGACUGUCCGGAUGUGCGUAUGGACGAGCUGAAACCGUUCUCCGUUCCCAUAUGGAUGGUGGAGAAGAUGCAGAGAGCAAUGGAGGCCCAGAGGGACGCGACCUCUGACCUCUGACCUCAGUAAAUCACAAACAUCAAACAGAUGGAGAAGAAUCAGUGUUUGUUAUUUUUAACACAAAGAUUGUGUUUAUUUUUAUGGAAACAUUUAGAGUCAUUUAAAGCAUGAAGUGUUCCUGUACACUUAAAUAAAAACUGGAUCAAACGACAAAAA